UGUUGUGAAAUAAUGAGCUUCUGAAAUCAAGCUGCUUUAUUUCUCACGAUGUCAAGUGCAGAAUAGUUUGACUCUAACUCAGACUUUUACCAAGAACUGCUCUGCACAAUAUAUAUUAUAUAUACACUGUACUUCUACUGCUUUUGCUUUGGCUGUUAAGAAAACAACUUUUAUAUCAUCAUAUCUACAAGGACUGGAAACAUCAGUGUUUCUACAGCGACAACAAUGGACAUUGAGGAAGACAACACAGGAUACAAGCGUCUUUUAAUGAAUGGCACCAAGCUUCCAUUUUCAGUCUAUGCAUUGAAAAACAGUCCUUUCAAGAUUGCGACGCUCUGCUUUGGUGUGCUGUGUGCUGCCCUGGUGAUUGGGCUCAUAGGUCAAGCAGCCUAUUACAAGGGAGUCGGUAGAAACACUCAGGAGAAGCUAGAAGCCACGAAAGUGGAAAAAGACAACUUACAAGAGAACCUGAAGAGUGUACAGAACGAGAAGAAGAACAUGGUCGCCAAUCAUGAGCAGGUGCAAAAAAACUUGGACUACAUGUCGAAAAUGAAAACCAAAAUGGAAACCAACAACAACCUACUGACUGCUGAAACCAACCAGCUGAAAGAGAGUAAAAGCCAGUUGCAGGCCAGCAACACUGCUCUAAACAACGAGCUGGAGCAGCUAAAGACCAGCAAGGAGCAGCUGCAGACUAAUAACAACGCCUUGUCUACAGGCAAUGACUUACUGCAGCAAAAGUAUGAUUCAGUGGUCAAGAGCAAAAUGAGCCUACAGGCCAACUGUGACACGGUGACCAAAGAGAGGGACCUUUUGCAGAACAAAUUCAAUAACGCCACACGGUCCAAAGAGAAGCUGCAAAUGAGUUACAACAGCCUGAUAAUUGAUAUUGAACACCUGCAGCAGCGGUACAACUCCUCCUCCAGUGAGAAAGACGACAUCGCCAGCAGUCACCGAAAUGUGACAUUGGAAAAAGACAACUUGCAGGCCGCGUACUUGACACUCAGCAAAGCCGCAGACAAGCUGCUCGCCUCCUACAAUUCCACCAUUGAAGAGAAACGAGGACUUGAAAACUCGUUGAAAGAUGCGUCAAAGGAGAGAGACCAGCAGAAGACCGUCAUCACCAACCUGACUGCUGAGGUAGAACAGCUGAGGGCUACCAUCACCGAACUGAACACAACUAAAGUUAAAACCUGUCCAAGUGGCUGGAAGAAGUUUGAGACAAACUGCUAUUAUAGUUCUACUUUUACCAAGAAGACAUGGUACCUAAGCAGAAGCUACUGUCAAGGAAAAGGAGCUGACCUGGUAAUCAUAAACAGCAAAGACGAAAUGGAGUUUGUUAAUGGUAUGUUUACAAACAACAAGGAGGUCUGGAUUGGACUGAAUGAUCAGGGUGUGGAGGGCCAGUGGAAGUGGGUGGAUGGGACCACUCUGACCACAUCGUAUUGGGCUGAUAGCCAGCCCAACAGUUACAAUGGAGACCAAGACUGUGUGGAGUUUUGGCACCGCUCAUCAGGAAAGGCCGAAUGGAACGAUGAAAAAUGUAGCUCACAGAGAAACUGGGUGUGUGAGAAGUAGUCCAUAUAUUUACAAUUUGAGUGAACCAUUUGUAAAGCUUAUAUCUGAAGAGUACAGGUGGUCCUCGGUCUACGAAAAAUUCCGUUCCUACGUCAUGUGACAUAAGUUGAAUUUUGGAAUAUGCCAGAACGCACAAUUUAAAUAAAAAAGCGCAGACUCAGGCCAUAUUUCCCAAUAUAACGUUUUGAAAAAUUGUUUUAAUCAUGAAUCCAGUUGGUGAUUCGGAUCAACCCAAAAACUCGAUGACUUGUUCCUUAUUUCACUUAUAUGACAUCACAUCAAGAGGCAGGGAUAUAUCAAGUUAUCUGGAGACUAGAGGCCUUUUAUCGUGGCCCAUUGGCCACGCUAACAUCAGUAACAAGUCAGAAUGUAAAUGCUUCGCUUUCUCGCAAAUGAUAGCCACGGAAAUGCUAACUAGUGAUUCAAACAAGCAAAUUACAAAACCAGGGAAGUCGGCACGUUGUGUAAAUCGUAAAUAAAAACAGAAUACCAUGAUUUGCAAAUCCUUUUCCUCUUAUAAUCAAUUGAAUAUACUGCAAAGACAAGAUAUUUAAUGUUCAAACUGAGAAACAUUUUUUUUUUUUCAAAUAAUCAUUAACCUAGAAUUUAAUGGCAGCAACACGUUGCAAAAAAGUUGGCACAGGGGUAUUUUUACCACUGUGUUACAUGGCCUUUCCUUUUAACAACACUCAGUAAACGUUUGGGAACUGAGGAGACCGGUUUUUGAAGCUUUUAAGGUGGAAUUCUUUCCCAUUCUUGCUUGAUGUACAGCUUAAGUUGUUCAACAGUCCGGGGUCUCUGUUGUGGUAUUUUACGCUUCAUAAUGCGCCUCACAUUUUCAAUGGAAGACAGGUCUGGACUACAGGCAGGCCAGUCUAGUAACCGCACUCUUUUACUAUGAAGCCAUGCUGUUGUAACAAGUGGCUUGGCAUUGUCUUGCUGAAAUAAGCAGGGGCGUCCAUGAUAACGUUGCUUGGAUGGCAACAUAUGUUGCUCCAAAACCUGUAUGUACCUUUCAGCAUCAAUGGUGCCUUCACAGAUGUGUAAGUCACCCAUGUCUUGGGCACUAAUACAUCCCAUACCAUCACAGAUGCCAACUUUUGAACUUUGCGCCUAUAACAAUCCGGAUGGUUAUUUUCCUCUUUGGUCCAGAGGACACGACGUCCACAGUUUCCAAAAACAAUUUCAAAUGUGGACUCGUCAGACCACAGAACACUUUUCCACUUUGCAUCAGUCCAUCUUAGAUGAGCUCGGGCCCAGCGAAGCCGGCCGUGUUUCUGGGUGUUGUUGAUAAAUGGCUUUCGCUUUGCAUAGUAGAGUUAAAACGUGCACUUAUUUGGAACAUCCCACAGGUGAAAAGGCUAAUUGGGAACAAGUGGGUGCCAUGAUUGGGUAUUAAAGCAGUCAUUCACAAACAAGAAUGGGGCGAGGGUCACCACUUUGUGAACAAAUGUGUGAGCACAUUGUCGAACAGUUUAAGAACAACAUUUCUCAACGAGCUAUUGCAAAAAAUUUAGGGAUUUCACCAUCUACGGUCCGUAAUAUCAUCAAAAGGUUCAGAGAAUCUGGAGAAAUCGCUGCACGUAAGCGAUGAUAUUACGGACCUUUAAUACCUCAGGCGGUACUGCAUCAAAAAGGAUCACUUUAGAAAUCUACUGUCAGUAACCACAGUUCAUCGCUACAUCUGUGUCCCUAAAUUCUUUGCAAUAGCUCGUUGAGAAAUGUUGAUUUUAAACUGUUUAGAUAGGAUAUGGACAGCAAGUAGUGGACAUAGAGAGUGAGAGAGAGAGAGAGAGAGAGAGAGAGAGAGAGAGAGAGAGAGAGAGAGAGAGAGAGAGAGAGAGAGAGAUCAGAAGGCAUAAGAAAAA